UUUGUUGGUCAACUGACUUCCUCUGCGCUCACAGUCCGCCGGACAAAGACGCCGAUUCACAUCUUGUUUUCCUACCCGUGUUUUCAACAUGUUUGUGCGACAAACCGGCCAAACUCUCAUGACUCCCGGUGUUUUAUUGCACAUGUGCAAGGUCCAAAGCUCAGCGUGAGCAUGCGUUUGGGUGGUGGGUCCCUCGGGUAUAAAACCAACCAGCUGUGUCACUGAUAAGCAGCACUCUUGUUUUCUUGUCGCGCGGCACCAGGCCCGAGAUCUCCCUCUCCCUGUUUCUCUCUCUCUCUCUCUUUAAAGAUGAACGCCGUCAUGGACGCCGCGCAGGGUUUCGGGGUGAGCAGCACCCGCUACCUGCAGACCAACUACGCGGACACCCAGGGCUUGUUCCUCUGGGUGUCCUGGGCGGCGGACCUCAGGAACACCUUCUUCAUCUUCUUCCCGCUGUGGUUUCAUCUGCGCUCGUCGGUGGGCAUCAAGCUCAUCUGGGUGGCCGUGAUCGGAGACUGGCUCAACCUGGUGUUCAAAUGGAUUCUGUUCGGCGAGAGGCCUUACUGGUGGGUCCACGAGACGGCUCACUACGCCGACGGGGAUCGCCCGCACAUCGAGCAGUACCCGAUGACCUGUGAGACCGGCCCAGGCAGCCCCUCGGGCCACGCUAUGGGAGCAGCCAGUGUCUACUACACUCUGGUGACGUCCAUCCUCGUCGUCAUGACCAGCAAGAACAAACAUGGCGGCCAGAGGACCACCAAUAAGGACUGGUAUCUGAAGGCUGUUUUGUGGACGCUUUUUUCGGGAGUCCAGGUGUGCGUCUGUCUCUCCAGGGUCUUCAUCGCCGCCCACUUCCCCCACCAGGUCGUUGCUGGCGUCAUCACAGGUAUAAUCGUGGCCGAAGCCUUCAACAGAACUCAGUGGAUCUACAGCGCCAGCAUGAAGAAGUACUUCUACACCACCCUCUUCCUGACCUCCUUCGCCGUCGGCUUCUACCUGGUCCUCAGGUCCGUGGGCGUGGACCUGCUGUGGACCCUGGAAAAAGCCCAGAAGUGGUGCGUGAGGCCCGAGUGGGUCAACCUGGACUCUACGCCCUUCGCCAGCCUCCUGCGCAACAUGGGCACCCUGUUCGGCCUGGGCCUGGGCCUCCACUCGCCCCUCUACGCCGAGGCCAAGAGGAGCGCCGGCAGGAGCAGCAAGGUGGGCUGCGUGGUGGCCUCCCUGGUGCUGCUGCACCUCUUUGACUCCUUCAAGCCGCCCACGCACACCGCCGCCCUCUUCUACCUGCUGUCCUUCUGCAAGAGCGCCACCGUGCCUCUGGUGGUGGUCAGCAUCGUGCCGUACUGCGUGAACGGAGCGCUGGGCCUGCAGAGCAAGAAGGGGGCGUGGCCUCGGGACUAUGAGGACUAACCGCGGGGAGAAUGUGGACUCGUUGCGUUCGUCCGAUUAGCUGAUCUUCAGGAGGACAAAAGGCCUGUGGGAUGGGAAAUUGUCGCUAUUGUGACUUGGAGACUGAGCACUUUGUGAAAGCACCGUCCAGGAAGCGACCCGGUGGCACUUGCAAAGACCGAUUAUGAAUUAUGAUUAUGAUGGAGGACAAAUGAACACAUGCAGCUCUUCUGUUAAACCUCAGACACAAACAGUCGCUCACUGCUUCCACCUGGUAUUUCAAAUGUAUUAGUAAUGUAUUUUAAAUGUUAUAGAAAGUAUUUUUGAAAAUGUUUGGAAUAUUUUUAAUAAAAAAUCUUCAAAAAUGUA